UUUUAUUAGAGAAAGAACUGCGCGCAGACCGAUGAGCCUCCGCUCCUGCCCCUCUUCCCUCCUCCUCCCGCGACUGCGACCGUCUUCCCUCGCCGUCCUCGCCUUCACCGUCUUCGCGUCCCCCUUCCUUCUCCUCCCCCGGCGGUCUGCCGUCAAUCCUCCUCCGCCGCCGCCGCCGCCUUCUCCAUCGAUGGCGGCUCGCAGCUUCGUGCUGUGGCUGCACGGGCUGGGCGACUCCGGCCCCGCCAACGAGCCCAUCCGCACCUUCUUCACCUUCCCCGAGUUCAACCUCACCAAGUGGGCCUUCCCCUCCGCCCCCCACGCCCCCGUCUCCUGCAACUAUGGUGCUAUCAUGCCCUCAUGGUUUGACAUUCAUGAGAUUCCUGUGGCCGCUGUAUCUCCAAAAGAUGAAAAGGGUGUUCUCAAAGCUGUUGAAAAUGUGCAUGCGAUGAUAGACAGGGAGGUAGCUGCUGGGAUAAAUCCUGAAAACAUUUUUGUUUGCGGAUUUAGUCAAGGGGGUGCAUUGACCUUAGCGAGUGUUUUGCUUUAUCCAAAAACUUUAGGAGGUGGUGCGGUUUUCAGUGGAUGGGUUCCUUUUAAUUCAUCAAUUAUUGAACGUAUUUCACCUGAAGCAAGAAAGACGCCUAUUUUGUGGUCUCAUGGAAUGGCUGACAGAACUGUAUUAUUUGAAGCUGGGCAAGCUGGACCUCCAUUUUUGCAGCAAGCUGGCAUUAGUUGUGAAUUUAAGGCUUAUCCUGAUCUUGGCCAUUCGAUUACACCCGAGGAACUGCGAUCACUCGAGUCAUGGAUUAAGAGUCGUCUAAAAAGCUCUUCAUGACAUCAGGCAGUUUUUCCUUUCGUGCUCCGUCUUUCCAAUUUCAUUCUCUCCUGGUUUGUCUUUUGACUUGUUAGAAAACCUGCGCACUCGCUAAUUUUUUAAAUGUUAAGAUGUGUGUCUAUGAAAGAUGCUGAAGAAGCUGAAGUGCGGUUGCGCAAUUACCGGACACGAUAUCUUCAUUUAUUCUUAUAUUUCACCUUUUUGUUGAGAUGAAUAUAUUUUCUCCUGUCAUAAUCGCAGUCCGAGGAUUUCCUUGAACUAAUCUUGAAAAUAGUACAUGUUCAUAGGUAUGUCUCCUUUGUUGGCUCAAGGAUUAAUAUGGAUAAUAAUGUGUAGUAUGUUGGCUUUAAGGGUUUGAAGCUAUUCUCUAAAAUUUAUCAGAAGAAUCUAUGGGAGGAUCAAAAUCUUGUU